AUGUUGCCCACCCAUCCUGGAAUGCUUCUGCAGCAGAAACUACCAGCACAUCUGCAGCCACAGCAGCAUCAGUUGAAUCCCUCGCCGCCGCCUGGAAAGCCCAAUCCCAUAGUACACGGCCUGCAGGCUGGCCAGAUCAUGGCAGGCAGUGUGGGAAGUCCGCCGCCGGUAUCAGCUGCAGUGUUGAAAUCCGCUCAGCAGCAGGUCAACUCCGCCGUAGGAGCAGCUGGGCUGCGCACAGCGAUUCCGAACAUCAGUCCACAAGGCCAGCCGAAGGUAUCGCCAUUGGUUCUACCGCCCGGAAUGGCCGGAGUGCCACCUUUCGACGCCGGCCUGCAUGACCUGGGCGCUUAUGUCAGCGGACGGCGAACCCAGAGUCCGCCUCCAGCUCAUCAGCAGGCAUCGCCCAUAACACCGAACGAUUCAACCUAUCGAGGAGUGGCUGCUUCCAGGGAUUUCAUGCUCUACCAGCAUCACUUGAUGCGAAGUGGCGACUACGAUGACAAGAUGAGCAACAGUCCGCCGCUGGAGCUACGACGCCCUGGCAGUGGACCUCCAAGGACCAUUGCAGUGCCCCACAGUUUGCAGAGUCCGCAGGAUCGCACCGCAGCUGACUCGCCGCAAAUGGCGCAGGUUUAUGUACACAAUGCCCGCAUUCCACCGGCUCACUUCAGCGAAAUUGCUUCGCGAGGCUUGUACGAGAGUGGUGGCCUACAGCUGGAGCCACCGCCGGCCCAUCGACCAACUGCCUCCAUUAGCGUGGUGGUGCCGCCACAAAUGCCAGCAGUCUCCGCCGGAAGUCCGUUUAUUGGACGCGAUGGCAGCGUGCAGCCGGGAAGCCACCUUCAUCCAGGCAAGCCCAUGGAAAUGCAGGAAAUGCACGAUCUGUCUAUGAUCGCAGCUGCCGUCAAACAACAGCAGGAGCACCUACCACCUUCUCUGCACGCUGGCAUGGAACUGGCCACCCAGCAAGCUCCACCGGCGAUGGCUCCACCACCGGGUGACUCGCUGGUUACUCUCCUGCAACGCUACCCAGUACUGGCCCUGAAAACUGACCAGGCCGCUGUGCAAAUGCACUUUGUGCAUGGAAACCCGAAUGUGGCUAGAGCGUCACUUCCCAGCUUGGUGGAGACCAACACGCCGCUGCUGAGGAUUGCACAGCGGAUGAGACUGGAGCAAACACAGCUGGAAGGAGUCGCCAAAAAGAUGCAGGUUGACAAGGAGCAUUGCAUGCUUUUGGCUUUGCCCUGCGGAAGAGAUCACGCCGAUGUGCUGCAGCAUUCCAGGAACCUCCAGACCGGAUUCAUCACCUACCUGCAACAGAAAAUGGCCGCCGGCAUUGUGAACAUACCCAUUCCGGGCAGCGAGCAGGCGGCCUACGUGGUGCACAUCUUCCCGGCAUGCGAUUUCGCUAACGAGAACCUCGAGCGUGCUGCUCCGGAUCUCAAGAAUCGCGUGGCCGAGUUGGCACAUCUCCUGAUUGUCAUUGCCACUGUCUAAAUCACAGAAC